CCAAUAGGAACGCUUGAUACAUAUGUAAUCUAGAGACAGUAGCCAAUCACAGGAACGUAAACAGUUACACGUGGGCCAGUGAAGAAAACAAUAACAAAUCAUAAGGUAUGAACACAUCAAGAACAUCUCAUAUGAAAUGGAAAACAAGAAAAAAGAAAAUAACUGGGACAUCAUCAGCAAUCAGGAGUUGCCGUUCCAAAGGCUACAACUACGCAUUUACAUCAACGUCGCGUCCUCUAUCCACGCCGCAGCCGCAGGAGCCACGCUGAAGAAGACACCAUGGCAGCCCCUUCAGCCAAGAAACGCCGCCCUAACUUUUCCAACGAAGAACUUCUAGUCCUUAUUAGGGAGGUGACAGACAGAAAAACAAUGUUGCUGGGUAAGCUGGACUCAACACGUGUCACGAGGGAGGGGAAGAACAUGGCGUGGCUGGCUGUGCUGGAGGCUGUCAACGCUGUUGGCGUCACCAGAAGAACUGAGGACGAGGUGAAGAAGAAGUUUCGUGAUUUCCGCUCAUUCGUAAAGAAGAAGGUUGCUGAUGCAAGACAGGAAAUGCUGAGAACAGGAGGAGGACCAACCGCAGACACCAAAUUGAGCGCUGCUGAGGAAGCAAUGGCUGCAUUAAUCAGCGAGGUUGCCAUUGCUGGACAUGCUGAUGUCCCUGACUCUGAAGAAGUUCCAGGAGGCUCAAUGUUUUCUGAAGUUCAAGAGGAUUAUGUAAUCAUGGAGCAUGAUUACUUCCUGCCUCAAAUGUCCCCAGAAAGGCUGCUGGGUAUUACAGCACCCAGCAGCCCAGACCCUUCCACUUUUGAGCCUACUUCAGGAACGCAAACAGAUGCUACAGCACCAAGCCACCCAGAGCCUUCCAGUUCUAGGCUCACUUUGGAAAGACUGACCGGUGCUGCAGCACCUAGCAGCCCAGGCCCUUCCACUACCAGGCCCAGGGUGGAUCCACAUGGGAGGUUUCCCAAAAGAAAGACAGACCCUUUGGCACCAGAAAUGCUGCAAGUUCAAGGAGAAAUAAAGGUUGGUGUUGAAAAGUGUGCUAAUUCACUUGAAAAAAUAUCAGUUUCAAUGAAUUCCAUGGCUCAAAGUUUUCAGGACUUUGUUGAGUUCUACAGGGCACGGAAUUCAAUGUAAAUAAUUUUCUUAUGGUAAAGGUCUUUGUUUUGGUUGUAAGGAGAACAAUUUAAUUAGGUUGUAUUCCCUUUAACAGUGCCUUAAUCCACAGUUCCUAGCUCAGUAAGAACGCUGCUGAUUUGGUCUUGGCUGAUGUGGUGUCUGCUGUCUUUGUCACCCAACACAACAAAAUUUCAUAGAUUCAAGAAAUAUUCAUAAUCAUUUACUUGGCUUCUCUUACACAAGAUAGGUAGAUUUAUUUCAACAUUUUAGGAUGAAUCUGUGAUUUUACAAUUAUAUAGUGGUUUGCAAAACUUGUUUGGGUAAAAAUAAAGUAAUUAUGAUAAGUAUAUGCCACUCUAUAAAGGUAUGUGAUUGCUUGCACAAGACACCACUUACUUGCAUCAUGAAAGACUGAUCUUGAGGGAGAAAGAUUUCAGACAGACUUAUGUGAUGACUACGUAACAUAACUGCAUUAGUUAUGUGUCAGCAGCAGUCUCAUGGCUGGGCACCAGUCGGUUAUGUCUUUUAAUAAUUAUCAGUGAACUGCCACAUCUUGCACCACAACUGUGCCAGAUCACUAAUCACUAUUAGAAAACAGAGUCGACUGGUGCCCGGCCAUGAGGCUGCUGCUGACAGGUAACCAAUGCAGUUAUGUCAUGUAGCCACCAUAUAAGUGUCUAA